UCUUCUCAUUCCCUUCUGCUAGCUGUUAAUCCAUCACAAGAGUUUUGGCUAACAUGGUGCAGCAAGCAUUGUAUAGGGCCCUGGUCUCCACCAAAUGGCUAGCAGAAGCUGUGCGGGCCAAUAAGAUUGGGCCUGAGCUACGGGUGCUGGACACCUCCUGGUAUGAACCUGGUACAAGAGAUGCCAAGAAAGAAUUCCAAGAACGGCACAUCCCUGGCGCCUCCUUUUUUGAUAUCGAGGAAUGCAAAGACAAGUCAUCUCCCUACGAGCUCAUGCUGCCCAGCGAGAAAUACUUUGCGGAAUAUGUGAGCCACCUAGGCAUUGGCAACCAAACACACAUUGUUGUAUACGAUGGGGACGACUUGGGCAUCUUCUAUGCUCCACGGGCUUGGUGGAUGUUCCGGGUCUUCGGGCACCGAACCGUCUCCGUGUUGAAUGGAGGGUUCACGAACUGGGUGAAAGAGGGACACCCAGUGACAUCUGAGAUCACCAGGCCGGAACCAGCUGUUUUUAAAGCCUCCCUGAACAGGUCCCUUUUGAAGACCUAUGAAGAGAUCCUGGAGAACCUUGAAUCCAAACGCUUCCAGAUGGUGGAUUCCAGAGCUGAAGGGAGAUUCAAAGGAACAGAACAUGAACCAGGGAAGGAAGGGAUUGAACCAGGCCACAUCCCAGGCACUCUGAAUAUGCCUUUUUUUAAUUUUUUGACUGAGAAAGGAUUUGAGAAGAGCUCAGAAGAGAUCAGAAGCAUGUUCCAGGCGAAGAAGGUGGAUCUUUCAAAACCACUAAUUGCUACAUGCCGCAAGGGCGUCACAGCAUGCCAUAUUGCCCUGGCAGCAUACCUCUGUGGUAAGCCAGACGUGGCUGUCUAUGAUGGAUCUUGGUCAGAAUGGUUUCGCCGUGCCCCACCAGAACUCAAAAUUUCAGAAUGGAAUCGCAAGAAGUCUUAAGCAAGGAAUGUUCAUCUCUGUGUGGGCUUUGUUUCUUCAUGCUGUGAAAUUUCUUAAUCAUUUCUAACAAGGCCUUAAAAAGGAAUAUGCGAAAUUCCUAGUCUUUUAUAAUGUUCUAUUUUAUAAUCCAAUAUUGUUGCUUUCCAUUUUCUUAAUCAGGUAACUGAAUAAAACAAAAUAUCCAGUCAAGAAA